AAGCCAUUGAUUUCAGGAGGGAAUGGCUGAAAAUGCGAGACCUGUCCAGAACAUUAACAUUCCCAGUAUCAGGGUGAGCGAAGCCAUGAGGAGUGAAGACUUGCUGCUCUUUGUUGUGAAGUCCCAGGAGUUGUCCGGCAACAAGGAGCAUCGAGUUGAAAGGACAUUUGAGGAUUUUGAGUGGCUGCAACACUGCCUGUUCACGCAGGAUGAAGUCCCAGGACUGCAAGGAAUCAUAUUCCCACCUCUACCAGCAAAGCCUGCUUAUUCUCAAUCGAACUUGCAGGCAAAACUCCUUAAGCAGCUUGGUUUCCUGGCGAUGGGGGAGGAUUGGAAACCCUACUGCAUUGCCCUGCAGCGGUAUCUCCAGCUGGGGGCAGCACACUCCACGCUGGGCACCAACACGGCCUGGCACAGCUUCCUCACAGUCACGGAUCCCCCUGGGAAGCAACGACUGAGGAAGGGGCUCUUCAGUCGGCUCAGCCAGGCUGUGGAGGGGAAGUGGAAGGAGAAUCAUAAGGAUGUAGAUGACUUUUUUCAGAGUGAGAGGGAUGACAACUUGACACUCACAGUGCUCACCAGAGCUGCAGCAGAGAAAUUCAUUGAAGUGGUGCUGAAUGAACAGAAAAUUGCUGUGGCAUGUGGACACUUUUCCACUUCUUUGCACCUGGUCACUGGGCAAGAAGAUCCUGUUUUAGUGGCUUUUUCAAAGGUGUGUCUCAAGCUGUCUGAAGUCAUUGAUAUUGUCAAGAAAAACUUUGAAAGUGUCGCUGAGAACAAUAUAUACACAUUAGGCCUGGCAUUUGAUCUGGAUUUACGUUAUCAAGAGGCUGAGAGGGAAAUGCUCUUCCGGAGGACCUGUAAACUGGUGGAGUUAGAGAAUGCCAAUCGAAAUGCAGAGAAAGCCAAAUCGAUUAAGAAACCAACAAUGGAGGAAAUUAAAAAGACUGCUGAAAAGGAGUUUGAUCACAUUUCUGCUGUGGCUAAACUUGAGAUUGAGAAGUUCCACAGGAUGCGUGUGGAGGCGUUUCAGCAGUCACUGGUGCAGUGGUGUGAGAGCCAGCUCAGCACUGCCAGGGAGACCUGUGCUCUCCUCAGCCAGCAGCUCACUGCCCUUCGCCUGCUGGACACAGAGUAGCCCCUCCUGACCACACCUCAACCAGGCCAAGCCCCUCCUGACCACACCUCAACCCGCCCAAGCCCCUCUUGACCAUACCUCAACUAGGCCAAGCCCCUCCUGACCAUACCUCAACUAGGCCAAGCCCCUCCUGACCACACCUCAACUAGACCAAGCCCUUCAGACCACACCUCUACCAGGCUAAGCCCCUCCUGACCACACCUCUACCAGGCCAAGCCCCUCCUGACCACACCUCUACCAGGCCAAGCCCCUCCUGACCACACCUCAACUAGGCCAAGCCCCUCCUGACCACACCUCUACCAGGCCAAGCCCCUUCUGACCACACCUCAACCCAGCCAAGCCCCUCCUGACCACACCUCAACCCGGCCAAGCCCCUCCUGACCAUACCUCAACCCGGCCAAGCCCCUCCUGACCAUACCUCAACUAGGCCAAGCCCCUCCUGACCACACCUCAACUAGACCAAGCCCCUUCUGACCACACCUCUACCAGGCCAAGCCCCUCCUGACCACACCUCUACCAGGCCAAGCCCCUCCUGACCACACCUCUACCAGGCCAAGCCCCUCCUGACCACACCUCUACCAGGCCAAGCCCCUUCUGACCACACCUCUACCAGGCCAAGCCCCUCCUGACCACACACCUUCUGAGCUGCAUCCUUAUCAGACCACACCCCUUCCAAACCACACCGCUUCCAGACCAAGCCCCUUCCAGACCACACCCAUCCCAAGACCACACCCCUCCCAGACCACACCGCUUUCAGACCACACAAACCUGUUUUGGCCUUGCAUGUUAUGGCCUUAAACUCAUAAGAAUAAUGUUAUAGAACCACACAUCCCAAACCUGUCAAGCCACCUAUAUCAUCCACUGGGAAUAAUGAAAGCUUCCAUCCCUGAGGCUUGAGACACCCUGUUGUGAUUGUGGUUUAUCUGUUAUAUAUAACCCUUUCCGUACAGCAGUGCUUUCAUCUUUAUCUGUCUGGGAUAUCUCUGUGUACAGUAUGUGUACAGGUGAGGGAGAUGAGCUGUUAUUGGACUCCCCUGUGUGCUGAGAGCAUCAUGGCGAUCCCCCUCCCCUGCCCAAUCAGCAGGGCUCGGCAGACGCAACUGUGAUAAAUUGAUUGCCGUGGCGUACAUUUUUUUUCUGUUCUCUGUGUCCUGUGUUUGGAAUUCUCAUGCAAUUAAUCAGCCUGCUUUAGACACUUUCCAAGGACACAGACCUUCUCUGUGCGGCUUAAUUGCCGCAUUCUGUUUCAGUACACGCAAACCGUUUGUAACCUUAUAUCACAGGCAUCCAGGAAGGAUAACUCGUAUUAAUGUCAUCUAGAAGAUGAAUUGCUCCCUUUACAAGAUGGUACACCACGAACCUACAGUGAAGGAGUGCUUGGAAACAGACAUCAUGAUGCUUGACAUGUAGGUAUAGUAUAGGAUAUAGAACAAAAAUACAACUAUAUUGCCAAGUCUGUUUUUAGAAAAACCUGCUCAACAUAGAUUUCAUAUUUCAAUAGCUGUUUAUCAUAGAUUUUUAUUCAACAUAGUGCUGAAAAGAAUAUUAAAGUUACAAAAUGUAACAAACAUGUUGAAGUAAAAAUAUCACAUUCUACAUUGACCCACCACACACAUGCACUCCCACACUUUAUCUCUCAAGCACUUAAAUUAAGAAAAAAGCACUCUACUUUUCGAAAAUUUGGCAACCAUAAAUAUAUGUUACCUAUGGUGUGUGCUGCUGUUAUGAAUGCAAUGUGG